AUGGAGAAACAAUCAGAGAAACCCAAACAAAGUAGUUCAUUACUGGACAUUGUUGAAUCAAAACGUAAUGAUGUGAAGGAAAGAGAGAGGCUGAGAGAGAAUCAGUCAGAAAAAGCUGAAGUGUGUCAUUUUAACAUGAUACAGAUGGAAAAAUGUCUUGAGGUGCAAAAUGAGCAAACUGAGGCUGAGGAACCAUGUGAAGUUAAUUCACAACAACAACAUGUGAGAGAAACAAACCAGAGUGAUAAAGAAAAUCAAGCAGAGAAAGAAGUGAUAUAUAUAACAAAUGAAAGAACUGUAGAACAGUCAGAAAAAGCUGAGGUGUGUCAUUUUGACAUGAUACAAAUGGAAAAAUGUCUCGAGCAAAAAGAGCAAACUGAGGCUAAGGAACCAUGUGAAGUGACCACAGAACAACAACACGUGAAGGCUGUUGAUAAAGAGGAACAAAAAGAACUAAAAUGUUCAGUUCCGAUGACAAACGAGGAAGCAAGGGAAAUGAUUGAGUGUGGAAAAGAUACAGACAAUCACAAAACAAAACAACCUGACAGUGUCGAAACAGACCAUUUUCAAGAGCCAUGUGAUGCUAUAAUGGAAAAAGAUAUUUUGACAGAAAAACUCAGUAAGACUAAUUUUAGUGAACCAUUAAACAAAGUCAACACUAAAGAGGCAAAUGUGGAGAUACAGAACCAAGAAUUGCUCAGUGGAGCAGUGUGUCCAAAUGCCAAGAAGUCACAAGAUGACACAGAUAAUGUGUUUCAGUGUAAAGCAAAUGAGAACACACAUUUAAAAUCAGAAAGCUCAGAGAAGAGGGAACGUAUAGACACAGCGGCUAAAAAGCAAGAAGACGAGCAUGUAUAUGAAGUACCUGAUGCUAUGCUCACUAGUUCUGCGGAAUACGUUUAUGUAACAGAAAGUGUGAAAGAACAACUCAAGAAACUGGACAACGUCACACUUCAUAUUGCUGUUACAGGAUCAACUGGAGCAGGAAAAUCCAGCUUUAUCAAUGCAAUACGAGGUCUUCAACCUGAUGAUGUCAAUGCAGCUCCCACAGGAGCGACUGAGACGACAAUGACAUCAACAAUGUACACAUAUCCUACAAUGCCCAAUGUGAAAUUAUGGGAUCUCCCAGGGACUGGAAGUCCCAAAUUUAAAGCCAAAAAAUAUCUAAAGGAGGUGAAACUUGACACCUUUGACUUCUUCAUCAUCAUCUCCUCAGAGAGAUUCAAAGAAAAUGACAUCAUGCUGGCUAAAGCAAUUAAAGAGAAGAAGAAGUUAUUCUACUUUCUCCGCUCAAAGAUUGACAAUGACAUUCAAGCAGAAUCCCAAAGGAAAGACUUUGAUGAGCAGAAAGUUCUCUCACAAAUUCGUGAGGACUGCCAAAGAAACCUGAAGGAUAUGGAUAACCCAGAAAUUUUCCUGAUUUCCUCAUUUGAAUUGCACAAGUAUGAUUUUCAAACCCUCCUCGACACACUGGAGAAGCAGCUACCUGCUCACAAGAGAGAUGCUUUGAUUUUGUCUUUGCCAGUAUACUCAUCCAAGAUUCUGGAGGAGAAAAUCAAACUGUUUAUGGAGCAAACCUGGUCGGCAGCUGUCGCUUCUGGUUCUAUUGCUGUGGCUCCAGUGCCUGGUCUUUCCAUGGCUUGUGAUGCUGCCAUUUUGCUGGCUUACUUCACCAAGUGCUACUAUGCAUUCGGCCUGGAUGAUGACUCAAUAGAUAAACUGUCGUUGAGGGUCAACAAUCCAUCCCUCAAAGCUGUAAGAAAGUCACCUCUAGUGGUCGCUAUUGGGCAAAAGAAACUCAGUAAUAAGGAGCUAUCGGCGCUGACAAGUAAGGAUGCAGCUGUUAAAUUUGCGUGGAGCAUGGUUCCUGUUGUAGGGAGUAAAAAAACAGCAGAAAUGUCUUACUCUACAACACUGAACCUUCUGCGAGCAGGAGUUCAGGAUCUUGCUGAUACAGCCAAAGAAGUGCUGAAAGUGGCAGGUCUGAUUGAUGUCUACUAA